AUGGCGCGCCACGCCAGCGAGAUUUCCGAGCUUCACGUAAGAUCAUUGCCCAAGGAGCAGCCCUGGAUAGCAACGCGCUGGUUGCAACGCGUGGCUCAGGCUGGAGAUGCCGAUGCCUUGGCGCAUUGUUUGAGCCAGAUGCGGGAAGGUGAUUUACAGGUGAACUGCAUUCAUUAUGGUGUCCUCUUGCGUGUGGAGCACUGGGAAGCUUCUCUGCAGACAUUGGGUGCCAUGCGGCACAAACACCUCGAUCCAGAUUCCGUCAACCGUGGCAUCGUCAUGCAUGCAAUGCGGAAUGAGGGCUGGGAAAGCGGGUUGUCUCUUCUAGAUGGAGGUCUCUCCGGCAACAAUGCAGCCCUUGCCUCCUGCCCUUGGGACCACUCCUUGAAGCUCUUUGAUGAAAUGGCUGAAGGCAGGUUGGCAUCAGAUACCAUCAGUCACAACACGCUGAUCAAGGCUUUGGAAGACAGGAGUUCGCGGACUUGUUCAGCUGGAAUUCGGGCAUUGUCGUGUCCAAUGAAUGGAUCAGGUCACCUAUGGUGCAGUCCUUGCUUGCAUGGCCAAACGCUUUGUUGCUACUUGACCGCUCUGCUUCUUCGCUUUGCUACAAUUGUGCAGUCGUGA